GCGGUCACCCCCUCCUUUCUCUCCCUCUCUUUCUCUCCCCCCUUUCCUCCCUCCUCGGUUUUAAAAGCAGGCGGCGGGCGCGCGAGCCCCCCAUUGACUGCCGCAGCGUCCGUCAUGACAGCCGUGAGGGUUGCGCUCGUGCUUCUGGCCUUUCUGCCGAGCGCUCGCGGAGACGUGAGGGCCCGAGACCCCGAGGUGGAGCAGGAGGAUUGGGGGAGAACGUCAGGCGUCAUCAGCGCCACCGAGGAGACCCCCCUGAUGCAGGAUGGAGGAAACUACCCGGCCCGAAGUGGGAACUGGUGCGCCUUGGUGCAGAAGCGUGUGGUCACUGUGGCGGUGGCGUGCGGCACGGAGAAGUACACCAUCAAGUCCCAAAGUCCCUGUCCCAGCGGAACGCCGGACUGUCAUUUGGUCAUGUACAAGCUGUCCACUCGGCCGCUCUACAGGCAGCAGCAGAAGGAGACCACAGCUCUCUUGUGGAGAUGUUGCCCAGGACACGGAGGAGACAACUGUGACGACACAGUCGCCGAUACACAGAUCGACACGGCAAACUCGUCUCUGAUUGGAGGAUCCGAGUUCCCGAGAACGCCCGCAAGUCUCCACACCGCUGGCGUUCUGCCCCAGCAAGAGCACAGCCAGCCAAACAGUGAGCAGAACGACCACCAGGGGUCAGUCAACACGCCGCACAAUGUCAGCCACGUUGAGUCUCCUGUACAUGUCGCAAACGGGGACCGCUCUCGACACCAGGAGCACGCUCAACUUCCUGUCUAUGUACCAAAUCAGGACCGCGCUCAGUCUCCCGCCCCUGUACCAAAUCAGGACCGUGCUCCACAUGGGGACCGCGUCCACACUCCCGUCCGUCUUCCGCAUUCGGACCCUGUCCGAGUUCAAGAACGGGACCCCGGCCAGUACCCUGUCCCCGUCCGGUAUCCCAUCCACGUCCAGGAUCGGGAACCCGCUCAGAACCCCGUCCGUGUCCAGUAUCCGGUCGAGGACCGGGAAGCGGACCCCGACCGGCAUCGCAUCUCGCAUCCUGCCGGAAGACAUGAACAGUGGGAGAGCCUCCAGACCGGCGCAUACCACGAGGAGGAGGAGGAGGAGGAGCCGGCAAGGUCCCAUCCCGCCGUCCCCGCAGCGCUGCCCGUCCCCCACGUGGUGGCGCUGCUGAUGUCUCAGCUGCAGCGCCCCCUGCAGCUCUUCAACCACUCGCUGGAGCAGCUGGAACGGCGGCUGGGCGAGCUGGCCCGAGACGUGGCCGAGCUCAAGGGCGCCCGGCGCCUGGAGCGAGACCUGCGCGACGACUACGAGCGCCGUCUGGACGCCAAGGUGGAGCAAAGCGUCCAGCAGGUGGCGGCAUUGCGCGGGCAGCUGGAAAGCGGCCUGCAUUCGCAGCAUGCGACGCUGCACUACAACAUGAGCAACUUGAAGGCCGACCUGGACCUCAAACUCAAGCGACACAACAAGAUGCUGCAGGCCAGCCUGCAGGCCAUGAACGCCAGCCUGGCGGAGCUCAAGCUGGACCAGGAACUGGAGCAGCAGCAAGAGCAGGAAAGGCAACAGGAAGCCCGAGUGGAGGCGCCCGUGGGGGAGGCGGCGCACGCGGUGACCUCGACCGACGCCCUGUGGGAUGCCAUCGAGCGUCUGGACAACAGGGUGGUCAACAACACCAUAGCGGUGGACGGGCUGGCGGAGGACCUGGCGCUGACGUCGGGCGGCGUCCGGCAACUGCAACGCGACGCCAAGGCGCUGGACGAGCGCCUCAAGCAGACGGCGCGCACCGGCCAGGUGCUGUUCAUGGAGACGGGCCUGGAGGUGGAGGCCGCCAAGGUGGCGGUGCUGGACGGCGUGGAGCAGCUGGCGAGCAACCUGAGCCGGCAGGCUCAGCGGCUGCACGAGCUGGACGUGGACGUCGACUACCUCUACACCGUCCUCUACAAGAACAACGCGUCCUCGUCUUCGCCGCCCCAGUGCGACUGCGGGCGCCUGGGCGAGGCGGUGGCCUGGCUGGAGGGGGGCGUGGCCAACGCCACCAAACUGGCCCUUGAGAACCGUCUGGCCCUGGAGGACGAGCGGCGGGCGGCGGCGGAGGCUCGGGCGUGGGAGUCCGGCGCCGGCGACUGGGAGGCCGCCGUGGAGGCGCUGCAGACGAGCUUGCAGGAGCUGAAGGAGUCGAUGGCCUCCGAGCAGAGCCGGACGACGACUUUGGAGUCGAGCGUGCGGCGCCUCGGCGUCCUGCUGCAGGAGGCCCGGGCCCGAGCGGAGACCCGGCAAGACGCCCCGUCGGCGUCGGACGGGGAGCUGCGGGAGGAAAUGAAGCGCGUGUUGGCGGAGAUGAAGCGGCUGUCGGCGUCCUUCAACUCGCUGCUGAAGGACGUCAUCCGCCACAGCGACGUCCUGGAGAUCCUGCUGGGCCAGGAGGUGCUGGAGUUCCUGGAGUGGCCCGAACAGGACCAGGAGGCGCACUCCAUCCCGGCCCUCAAGGAGCGUCUCGGCACCCUGCGGCAGACGCUCGGUGCCCGGACGAGCGGCGAGCCAGGAGACGCGGAGGAGGCGCCGUCGUUCCGCUCGAACGAAGGAGGAGGCCGAACGUCCGCGGGAGACGGCGGCGACCUGCGGAAGCUGGAGAGGAGCGUGGAGCAGCUGAAGGCCAAGCUCCACCGCCUGGAGGAGGCGCCCUGCUGCCGGGAUGCCGGCGAUGGCGAGGAGGGGGAGGAGGAGGAGGGGGGGGGGACGGCGCUGCGCACGGAGGUGGCGCGGCUCAAGCGAGGCCUGGAGGAACACCUCAGGACCUUCAAGAAGGUCUUGGGCAACGCCGACGUGCUGGAGAGAAGCGCGCCGCGGCCGGACAACCUGCGGCGGACCGUCGCCUCCCAGGGGGAGAAGAAGCGAGGGAGAGGCGGACGCCGUCGCAACAGGAGGGAGGCGCCGGGCGGGAUGCACCCGCUGACUUGAUUCCAAAAGGGGACAUCAAAUUGACAGUGCGACGGAAAUUCCCUUUGAAAUGGCGUCACGUGUCCCCCAAACGCAUUUUUAACGCACAUGUUUCCCCCCCCAGAUUUUGAUUGGAUAUUUUUUGCUAUUUUUUUGCCAUUUCGUAAUUUUGGCCUGUAAAAAGCUUGCACCGCGUGGACUCGAUCACUUUCA